AUGGACACCAAGACGCAGAGCCUUCCCACUACCCACCCCCACCCCCACAGCUCCUCUCGGUCCCAAGAUCACACCUGUAACCAGUGCAACUGCAGCCAUCACUGCCGGAGCUGCAGCCAGGCAAGCCGCCCGAGCUCCAGUUCCAGCCCAAACCCCAGGCCACCAUCGAGGCACUCCAAACAAGCCAUGCACUCCCGACAUUCAACUCCAAGGUCCAGCCACCGUGGCAGCUGUUCCAAGAACAGGAAGACCUUGGAAGGGAAGGUGACCAAGAGAAAGGCGGUCAGGAGGCGGAAGCGGACACACCAAGCUAAGAGGUGUAGCUCAGCCUCUGCGGUCAAGCCACCGCUUCCUGGGAAGCCCAAGCCAAGGCCAGGCCGGGUGGCCGACGGGAGGGGCCCGCGCGCCCGGCUCCGAGGCUCCAGGGGAGGGCGGCGGCCUCGCCAGGCUCCAGGACUGCCUAGCCAGGCUCCAAGAUGGGCCAAGACUGCCAAGGCCUUCGGGUCCUGGGCGGGAAGGACCCUGGCAGGGAGGAGCUUCUUAGGGGAGCGCAGGCUUCAGGCGAGGCGGAGCCCAGACUAG